AUGGCACAGUUAAUCAUUGAAUGUAAGUUAUUCUUGUGGGAUGAAGCAUCAAUGGCAAAAAGAGACACUAUUCAAGCAUUUGACGAAUUGUUGAAAGAUCUAAUGGAGACUAGCGAUCCUUUUGGAGGUAAAGUUGUAGUUUUUGGGGGCGAUUUUCGCCAAACUCUCCCCGUUAUUCAAGGAGCUACCAAGGACCAGCUAAUUCAGGCUAGCCUCCUGCAUUCUUCAUUAUGGUCUUGUAUGCACAAAAUAAAGCUAAAACACAACAUGAGGGCUGUCUUAGAUCCUGCCUUUUCGCGAUUCUUGCUCGCUGUUGGGGAAGGUGCAGAACCUGUUGAUGCAGAUAACCAGAUUUGCUUACCAGGUCAUAUGGUUAUACCAUUCCACAAUAUAAAAGAUUCUUUAGACAGAUUUCUAACAAAAAAAAUUUCGCCCAGGCUGAUAGCUUACACGUUUCCAGAUUUGAAUCUCUACUCAUCUAAUCCGUAUGAGAUGAUCAGUAGAUGUAUUUUAACCCCAAAAAACACCUCUGUUGAAGACAUCAAUGAAAUGAUGAUUCAGAGGUUUCCUGGACAGCUUUUUACUUAUACAAGCUCUGACCAAACUGUUGAUCAGAGAUUCCAGCUGAAGGAUUGUGCAAUGGCACAAGACUUAUUUGUCGGCAGCUCUAUCUGUGCUGAGAUAGCUUUUGGUCAGUAUAAAGGGAAAAAGAUUUUCAUUCCCAGAAUCCCAUUGCAGACACCUGAUAAUGAAAAAAAUGGGAUUCCAUUCAUCAGAAGACAAUUUCCAGUUCGCCUUUGUUUUGCAAUGACAAUUAACAAGGCUCAAGGCCAAACUCUUGACUAUGUUGGUGUAUAUCUAAAGGAGCCCGUAUUUUCUCAUGGCCAACUAUACGUUGCCUUGUCCAGAGCAAAGACUGCUGAUGCAGUUAAAGUCCUCAUACUUCCAGGAACUUUUGCUGAAAUCAAAACUGACUGCAAAACAAGAAAUAUUGUGUUUGAUGAAAUAUUGCAGUUGUCUAAUUGA